UUCACCCAGGCUUUUAAUUAGAUUUAUAGUUUUAAAAUUUUUAAUACUGGGUUUUAAAUGUUUUAAAUGUUUUUUAAAUGUUUUAAGUGAUUUUUAAUUGUUAAUUGAUGAUUUUAUGUUUUAAAUGAUUUUCAUUGCAAACUGCCCGGAGAUGCAAGUUUUGGGCAGUAUAGAAAUAUUUUACAUAAAUAAAAUGAGACAAGAACUUCAACCCCAUGUCUUUACAUCUCUUCGAGCCUGUUUGCACACUCUGGAAGCUGUUGAUGUCCCUGAUUCAUUCCUUGGCAUCUCCAGGUAGUGCUGGGAAAGACCCUUGGGGAGCUGGUGGUGCACAAUAUACUGAGAUAGAUGGAGCAAUGGUUUGUCUCAAUAUAAGGCAAAUUCAUAUGUUCAAUUAGUCAUUUUUAAUUUUUCUUAUAUGUCAAUUAUAUGUCUUGUAUGUCAAUUUUCUAAAAUGGGAAACAGCAAAUGAGAGAUCUUUAGAAGAAUCAUAGUGUACCUUAAAAGCAGGGAGGGCUCCUUUACAUUGUUUGUUUUUAAGUGCACACCUAAACAAGUAGAUAUUUAGAAGCAUGUGUAUUUUAGCAAAUUUAUUGACCACCUGACUUCCUUAGACUCGAGGCGGUUUACAUAAAUUAAAACAACAAAGACUAGAGAAGAAGAGGGGAAAGCAGCAGAGAAAGAAAAGGGGGGACCCCCCACACACACACUUUUAAAACUAAACACAAUAGAUAGGUUUUCAGGAGCUUCUUAAAGGACAGGAGAGGGGGCAUUACGAAUCUCAGGAGGCAGAGUGUUCAUGCAGGUACAUUACUCAGAGAGCCAGGAUUGACUGUAGCAUCCUGCAAACUGUACACAUGAUUCUAAACAUGAAUUAAUUUAUAUAUAAUAUAUGAAAAGGUUUUUUGUAAACUCAAAACCAAAAAUUGAGAUUAAUGGGUUUUUGUGUGGAGCAUGAGCAUUAGGGAGUGUUUCAUCAUUAGAAUAGGGUGUAUCCUUUACUUCUGACUCUUGUCUCUCAGUGCACACACACUUUUAUUCUAAAGAUCAAAAGUUCCUUGCUGAAAUGGUCUAUUUUCACAGGCAUCCUUUCCUACCAUGUCUUUGUCAAAAGGACAAUAGAUUCUUGUGUCAGUCUUAUUGGCACCAGUUUUGUAUAAUACAGGAAACACCAUUUCCUUUUAGGGCUGGAAAAUUAACUUGGAUCAUGCUUUUCCCUUUUUAUUGCUAAUCAGUACACACCCCGGGGAAACCUGGCUUUCUGGUUCUGGAAAGGGAAGGGAAGCAGCAUCAGCAUCCAUUCUACAUCCUCUUCUCUAAAAAUGCUUUACUCUUUUACCAGUGAGGGUGUAUGAUUCGAAGUAAAUCUUAACACCCUAGCCCUAUAUAAAUGAACUUGGAAUUUGGAAGUGAACCUCUUUGCUUAUUUACCAUCAUAUAAAUGUGUCCAGUAACUACUUCAGAUAUUACAAAAUUCCCACACAUAAUGCAUAUGCGUUCUGACAUCUGUCACCUCCCCCCAGAAGUUAUCAACACAAAGAUCUGUUUGGAGAUUGGGGGAGAAGGUGGUAAACUCCACCAUUCCACCCUACUCUACAACCCUUGCCAUGAAGGACAUUUUUGUGUUCUGUUCUCCUGCCUUCCCCAUUUGUCACUACAUCAUUUUGCACUGUAAUUUUCUGGAAUUAGUAUCUAAAUAAUGACAUGUCUGUAACUGUGCAUAUAUAUUCUUAUCCCAUAAACAUUAGGUGACAGAUUGCCCUGGCUACUAGAAAAAUUUCUCCUGCUAUCUUCCUCCAAGCCUAAAACAAGGCAGAAAUGUGAUGAUCAGAUGUUGAUUAUAUACCAAGAAGAUCUUGUGACCCACCAAGCCAAAACAAGGCAGAAAUGUGAUGAUCAGAUGUUGAUUAUAUACCAAGAAGAUCUUGUGACCCACCAAGCCAAACAUCGUCUACCAGCAAACAUUGAUAAACUUUCUCUUUUUUCUCCUGACUAGAAUUGCAAGAAGGGGGUCAUUGUCAAGCAUUGUAAAUUCCUGUGUAUCCAUAAAAGGUCAACUAGACUUUAAGGAAGACAGAUCAUUAAAACUGAAGAAGUCAAUGGCCAUUCUUUCUUUUCUUUUCUUUUCUUUUCUUUUCUUUUCUUUUCUUUUCUUUUUUGGACAAUUACCUGCUGGAUCUUGUCUUCCUGGGCUUGGAAAGCACAAUGGACCUUUUGAUUUAGCUGGUGGAAAUAACAUGAUUGCAUUAUUAAGGUAAGAUUCCACUUCCCACUCUUGCACAAUUGGGAAGUUAAACUUUCUCUGUCAUCGUUAGUUUCUGCUGUGUGUUUUUUAAAGGAAGUGAAGUGUUGGGAAAGGAACAGCAAGCUUAAAAUAGCUAUAUCAAGCUCCAAUAUAAAGUAAUAAAAUGAUGUUAAUUAAUUGUGUGGCUAUGUAACUCAAAAGCAACCACAAAAUAAAUCAUGUGAACAGAGUUUAUUUCCAGAUAUUACAGUUUUAUUGGAAAAUUUAACUAAAAUAGUGACAUAUUGAACAAAAGCCCAGUUCCUUACAGCCACAGAAAGUCAAUGUGAAUAAUUGCAAAGUCUUGGGUGGGUGGAUGACACUUGCCCUUCGAAGAAGUUUAUGGCCAGCAUUUACUAUGAAUUCCUCAUUCAUGGGGAAUAAUUGGAAUCCCCAGUCCCCAUUGCAAAUGUUUUUCAGUGAGUUACCUGAAUCUGUGAGCGUAAGGUAGUCAUACCAAUCAGGGUAGCUUGUGUCCAGCCCUGGGAAGUUAAGGGUAUCCCAGAGCUGUUGCUGCUCAGACUUAUCUUCCACUUGUCCAUUAUCUAUAAUGUCAGAUCUGUGAUGCCUUUACGAGUCCAUGGCUACACAAAUGCACUAUGCUCACUGGCUCAGUGUGUAUCUGUCUGUCCUAUACUGAUAGCUGCAGUUAACCCUUUGAUCCCUGCACAUGAUGGGGAUUGGGGACUACAUAUUUCCCAUGAAUGAAGAAUUCUCAGUAAAUAAUACUACAUAGCAUCUGAUUAACCAGUCAUGUUUCCUUUUAUGAAAUAUGAAAGAAUGCAACAUGAAUGAAUGAUUUUGCAAAUACUGUAUCAAGGCAAAAUAAAAUGGAUACUCUAGGGAAGUAGAAAGAAGGCAGUCUUUCAUGCCUUCUUACUUUAAUGACUAUACAGCUGGAAAUUAUUUGCCUGGACAGGCAGUUGUUCUACCUGUCAUGGCUGGCACUGCUGGAGAAGCAGGCAAGAACUUUAACUGGGUAUAUGCUCCCUCUGCUUGCCUUCUGGCUGUCUGUGCGCCUUUCCGCUUCUGCAGUUUCUUGAAGUAAGCCUUACCUGUGUUACUGUUGAGUAGGGAGCUGGCUUUUGUAGACGUGGUGAUGCUCUACUUAAGCUGACUUCAAGAGGUUUGGAGCCAUUGUACUAAAUUGUGAAGGAUGUGCAAUUAUCCCUGAAUCUUCAUAUUCUCUCUUAGGAAAUCACGACUCUUUCAAAAAAAACAUGUCCUGAAAGAAGCUAGUGAGAUCUGAGGAUCUGGCUCAGGUUCGAAAUGGAAAGGUCCAAAGCUAAAUAUAACAGGAACACAAUAUGCCAUACAAGCAGGAGAAACUUUAACCAUCAUGUGCAGUGGGGAAGUGGUCCAUUCCUGGUCUCUGCCUGAAGGUCUAAAUAAGGACAGCAAACGGCUGAAUAUAAUUCCAUAUACUUGUGGAAGGAACGGCAGACAGUUUUGUAGCAGCCUGACCUUGAACAGAGCUCAAGCAAAUGACACAGGAUAUUAUAGUUGCAAAUAUCCACUCUCAAGUUCUGUGAGAAAGAAGACCGUAUCUACAAUAUAUGUAUUUAUUAACGAUACACACAGCCCAUUUAUAAAGCUGCACAGAGAUCUACCAGAAAUGAUACGCAUGGUUGAUGGACAAGAGCUUAUCAUCCCAUGCAGAGUUACAGCACCAGAUAUCCCUGUUACACUUAAAAAGAUUCCAGGAGAAAUCUUCAAUCCUGAUGGGAAGACAAUAAUUUGGGAUAGUACAAAGGGCUUUGUAAUACCAAAUGCAACAUACAAGUUCAUAGGCCUUUUCAGCUGCGAGACAGUUAUGGAUGGGCAUGAGUACAGCACUAAAUACCUGACAUACAGGCUGACCAAUGAAAUCCUUAGUGUUCAGUUAAAUGCUUCAAGACCAGUCAAGUUACUAAAAGGAGGCAGCCUCAUUCUCAACUGCACUGUUACUGCAGCCUGGAACACAAGAGUGCGGAUGACAUGGAGUUAUCCUGGCGAGACAAACAAAAGAGGCAUCAUAACUCCAAGCAUUAAACAAAGGAAUAAUGAACCCAAUGUAUUCUACAGUAUUCUUGUUGUUGAUAAAGUACAUGAUAUUGAUAAAGGGCAGUACAUUUGUAAUGUGAAGAGUGGCCCAUCUGUGAGAUCAGUUAAUGCAACAGUCCAUAUUUAUGAUAAAGCAUUCAUCACUUUGAAACAUCGAAGAAAAAAUGACCUGGAUGUUAUAUCUGGCAAGAGGUCCUAUCGACUUUCUAUGAAAGUGAAAGCAUUUCCCGCACCAGAGGUUGUAUGGUUGAAAGAUGGCUUACCUGCUGCUGAAAUGUGUGCCCGGUAUAUAAUUAAAGGUUAUUCACUAACUAUAAAACACGUUGCUGAAGAAGAUGCAGGAAAUUACACUAUACUACUGAGCACCCCACAAUGGAACUUGCAUAAAAAUCUAACAGUAACCCUCAGAAUAAAUGUGAAACCUCAGAUUUAUGAAAAAGUGUCAUCACUUCCUGGUCCUAAUCUCCAUCAACUGGGCAGCAAGCAAAUCCUGACUUGUGUUGUUUAUGGCAUUCCUCAACCUACUGUCCAGUGGAUCUGGCAUCCUUGUCAACAGAAUCGUUCCAGAACGAGGUCUGACUUUUGCUCCUAUCCAGAAGGAUCUUUCAUUUUGAAAUCUGGGAGCACUACUGGAAACAGAAUUGAAAGCAUCAAACAAAGAACAGCAAUAAUAGAAGGGAAAAAUAAGACGGCUAGCAUUUUGACUGUGGCAGAAUCCAGGUCAUCCGGAAUCUACAGUUGCAUAGCUUCCAAUAAACUGGGAAGUGAUGAAAGACAUAUUAGUUAUUUUGUAACAGAUAUUCCAAAUGGAUUCCAUAUUAACUUAAAGAAAAGGCCUGUUGAAGGAGGAAGCCUUGUGUUGUCGUGUUUAGCCAACAAAUUCUUGUACAAAGACAUCACCUGGUUAUUACCAAGGACAGUUAACAACCAAACAAGAAUCAGAAAGGCAGCCACUAAGGAGUACUCCAUUGAUCUCACCAUCACCAUCAAGAACGUUUCUCUUGACUAUUCAGGCACCUACAUCUGCCGAGCAAGGAACAUAUACACUGGAGAAGAAGUGCUUCAAAAGAAAGACGUUACAGUCAGAGCUCAGGAAGCACCAUAUCUACUGCGGAACCUCACUGACCAGGUUGUCAACACCAGUCACUCUGUUACUCUGGAGUGUCUUGUUCAUGGUGUGCCAAAGCCUCAGAUAUCCUGGUUUAAAAACAAGGAGGAGAUACAGCAAGAAUCAGGAAUUAUAUUAGGGCCAGGAAGCAAGAGUCUCCUGAUUGAAAGAGCACAAGAGAAUGAUGCAGGGCGCUAUCAGUGUGUAGCUACUAACCUGAAAGGGACAGUGGAAAGUUCAAGUUACGUCACCAUACAAGGAAUCCCAGAGAGCUCAAACUUGGAGGUAAUAACACUGACAUGUACCUGCGUUGCAGCAACACUCUUCUGGCUUCUAUUAACCCUGUUCAUACGCAAGCUAAAAAGGCCUUAUUCUUCUGACAUAAAGACAGAUUAUUUAUCGAUCAUAAUGGAUCCCGAAGAAGUCCCCUUAGAUGAACAAUGUGAACGACUUCCUUAUGAUGCCAGCAAAUGGGAAUUUGCCCGGGAAAGGCUUAAAUUGGGGAAGACACUUGGACGAGGGGCUUUUGGAAAAGUUGUACAAGCAGCUGCUUUUGGAAUUAAAAAGUCACCCACUUACAAAGUAGUUGCUGUGAAAAUGCUGAAAGAAGGAGCCACAGCCAGCGAGUAUAAGGCACUGAUGACUGAGCUGAAGAUCCUGACACAUAUUGGUCAUCAUCUUAAUGUUGUGAAUCUGCUGGGAGCAUGCACAAAAGGUGGAGGGCCACUAAUGGUGAUCGUUGAAUAUUGCAGAUAUGGGAAUUUAUCAAGUUAUUUGAAGAGCAAAAGGAAUUAUUUCUCAGCAAACAAGGAUGCAUCCAUUCAAGGGGAGCUGGUAGCAGAGGAGAAGGAUGUUGUUGAGCCAGUCAGUGGUCAAAAAAAGAUAUUGGAGAGUGUCCCGAGUAGAGAGAGCUUAGCGAGCUCUGGUUUUCAGGAAGAUAAAAGUUUAAGCGAUGGAGAGGAGGAAGAGGAGGAUCCUGAUGAGUUUUACAAGAGGCCUCUCACCAUGGAAGAUCUAAUUUCUUACAGUUUUCAGGUGGCCAGAGGCAUGGAAUUCCUGUCAUCUCAAAAGUGCAUCCAUCGUGACUUAGCAGCCAGAAACAUCCUCUUAUCUGAAAACAAUGUUGUGAAGAUCUGUGAUUUUGGCCUUGCAAGAGACAUUUAUAAGAAUCCUGAUUAUGUGAGAAAAGGCGAUGCACGUCUCCCUCUCAAAUGGAUGGCACCAGAAUCUAUAUUUGAUAAAAUCUACAGUACUAAAAGUGAUGUUUGGUCUUAUGGAGUGCUGUUGUGGGAAAUAUUUUCUUUAGGUGCAUCCCCUUAUCCAGGUGUUCAGAUAGAUGAAGAUUUUUUCAACAAGUUAAAAGAAGGCAUAAGAAUGAAGGCCCCAGAUUUUGCAACAACAGAAAUAUAUCAGAUCAUGCUGGACUGUUGGCAAGGUGACCCAAAUGAAAGGCCAAGAUUCUCAGAGUUGGUGAGCAGAUUAGGGGACCUACUUCAAGCAAAUGUACUGCAGGAUGGCAAAGACUAUAUCCCCCUGAAUACAAUAUUACCAUUGGAUGUUGGAUUUGACCAUUCCUCUCCAACUUCCCCUGAUCCCCAUGGGAGUGAAAAUCACUCAGAACCGGUCUUGAAUUAUGCAAGCAUUGAAAAUAUCAGGAGAUGGGUGAAUGCCUUCAGAACGGAGCCACCACAGAGAGUCAAGACCUUUGAGGAACUUUCACCCAAGGAUAAACGUGGGUGUGAUGAUCAUGAAGCAGACAGUGGCGUGGUGUUGCCUUCGGAAGAGCUGAAACGUUUUACGUGGACAGGCAGCAAACAAAAGCAAACACUCUUUGGCCUCCUUACUGGCAGCAGAAGCAAGGAGUCGGCCCUUUCAGGAAGUACCAAGCCAAACUUCUACAGCUACAGUUGCAGCCACAUCAGUGAUGUGACUCAGCCAUUUACCAGUGAUAGCAGCACCUGGGAACAGAAGACAUCACCGGGCUUGCUUCCUCCCAGCUAUAAUUCUGAAGUCCGUUAUUCCACUCCACCUGUUUAACAGGGACUUCUCACCACUGGCAAUCAAGCGGAUUAGCUUUUCCCUGCUACCCCCAUUUAUAUUUUAAACCAUCCUUGCUACUGCUCUGUGCAUCAGUAAUGGCUGGGUAGAUCACAGAUUAUUUCUGCAACACACUACUGUGCAUGGUGUUUCUCCCAAUUCCUAAUGGCAGAUUAUUCUCCUGGCCUCAGAUAAGGUAAUGGAGUAAUGACAUUGACUAGACCAGGCCACGGGCAGCAUCUUGCCCAGUAAAUUCCUAUCCCUGUGCAUCUUUGUACCUAACUACCAAAUUGCUCUUUAAAAAUCCAAACAUCUUUCAAAAUUAUUCUAGUGGUGCUCUGGACACAACAUGGGGUGGUAGAAGUAUGCAACUUGGCAUGAGCACAAAUCAGUUUGUUCAUGGGCCAGCUAUAUCGAGACAUACAUACCUCUUGCAGUCAUGCUUCUAGGAGAGUGUUGCAGCUUCUCAAAAAGUACAGCUCGAAGUACUACAACAACUUGCAAAAGCAGUUCAAACAGACGCACAAAAAAGAGCAUAGGCAAGAAUAACUCUACAGCAUUGCCUUUGGAGGCACAUUUGUAUUAAGCACAUGUUGGACUUAGACUACUUUAUCUGCCAUAGCUUCCCCCAAAGAAUCCUGCAUAUUGUAAAGGUGCCAACUAUUUUGUUCGAGAACUGUAGUCAUGAAAACAGCCCUGCUGGAUCAGGCCCAAGGCCCAUCUAGUCCUGCAUUCUGUUUCACACAGUGGCCCACAGGUACCACUGGAAGCCUACAGGCAGGAGUUGAGGGCAUGCCCUCUCUCCUGCUGUUACUCCCCUGCAACUGGUACUCAGAGUCAUCCUGCCUUUGAGGCUGAAGGUGACCUAUAGCCCUCCGACUAGUAGCUGUUGAUAGACCUCUCCUCCAUGAAGUUAUCCAAACCCCUCUUAAAGCUGCUUUAUAGAAUUCUAUCAUGUCUCCUCCGCAGACUUUUUUCUAAACUAAAUAGCCCCAGGUGUUGUAGCCUUGCCUCAUAAGAAAGGUGCUCUAGGCCCCUGAUCAUCUUGGUUGCCCUCUUCUGCACCUUUUCCAAGUCUACAAUGUCCUUUUUUAGAUGUGGUGACCAGAAUUGUACGCAGUACUGCAGGUGUGGCCGCACCAUAGUUUUGUAUAAGGGCAUUAUAAUAUUAGCCGUUUAUUUUCAAUCCCCUUCCUAGUGAUCCCUAGCAUGGAAUUGGCCUUUUCCACAGCUGCCACACAUUGAGUCGAUAGUCCCUCUCCAGUAUUGGGAUUCCCAGGGCUCCAUAGGGCAAGGAAAUGACUACUAAACCAGUUUGAGUCGGUAUAUAGGCUGUGAAAGCACAAAAUGGUAGGUUGCAGAAUUAAGAUUGCAGGCUUUUUCCCUUACAAAUGUUGCACUAAUGCAGCAGCAGGACAUAGGAUCUGUGCUGGCUUUGUGAGCCAUCUCAAUCUACAGUACCAUCACACUAGCAUGUGGCAAUGCUUGCAAUUAUCACACUUAAAAAUACUACCAUUGCCAAAUGUUGGCACUACAGGUGCUAUUGCUGAGUGUGAGAAUGAAUCAGGCCAAGAUUAGGGAUAAGUAAGAUGUACAUUCUAUGGGCAGUCUGGUGUCUAAAGAAAAGCAUUCCUGUAUAUGUUGCAGUUUCCCAUCAGAUUAUCUAAAUGUGGAUAUUCAUUAUUGGACGUGGAACUCAGUAUCCCAAUAGUGCUAACAGUCAUUAAACAAGUUACUUAGCCUCUUGGUUGCAGAUUUUCUUGACUGUUUAUAGACAGUACCAAAUAAAAAUUCGAACACCAUCAAGUGGAUCUAUGCAGGAUUUCCACUGGAUUGAGUAGGACUUCAGUAUCCUGACCGUUUCUUUAGAGCACAGCUACAAGGCAGAUGUUUUCUUUGUUGUUAGCUGAAAUAGAAUGCCUGUCAUUUUUUUUUAAAAAAUGAACAAAGUUGCUUCAGGUAGGUAACUCACAUUACAGAAAUAAGCUUCUCCUGGUGCAGAAUUGGGGAUUCGCUAGCAGAAUUUUAAUCUCUUCUUUUAAGAGAGGUUAUCUAGUCCUCCAUUGAUCCAUUAUCCUGAUCUAUAUGCAGCAUUUAGACUCCAAUUGCAAGUGACAGCAUAGGCAGGAGCAGCCUAAUUGGAAGGUCAACCACACAGUGUGUUAUUCCAGCCAUGCUUAUAGGAUGGGGAAGCCAGUCAAUCUGUGUCUCAAAUGCCUGCUGAAUCCAGUAUUGCUGCUAUUACUAUAACAUUUAUUUAGUGCCAAGAAUGUGCUGGUGGGUUCAUUGACGCUAAAGGAUGGGGCAGUAUGUCAGAUUUUACUGACUGUAUUAGAUUUUACUGAAUGUACUGGUGAACCAAUGUUUCACCAGUAAGUGAGAUGGCUGACCUAUAAAAACAACUAAAUACAUUGACUCUGCUCCUGCUGAUGUCCAUCAUGAUGAACUUAAGACACAAUUACAUUUGGUUUGUUGAUUUCAAUGGACCUUUGUCACAACUAACUUUAGCUGGAUUGAGACCAAUAGUUUAACAGUGUUUGGCUGCAGGAGCAUUUUAGGAGACUCACUUCUAAAGGAUAUAAGACUAAUCUUUGCUCUUUUUGUACAAAUAGGUGAACUGUAGCUAUGUUAGUGCUGUUCUUUAGCUGCAGUUCACCUAUUAAAGGCAGUGGAUGUUUGGGAUGGGAUGGUUGUUUCUCCUUCAAGCUGGGCAUUAGUGAUUGUAAAUACAAAAUAAUUUUAUAUACAUCUAAUGCUUUUAACAAGCUUUUUAAAGAAACUGGAAUUUUUUUAAAAAAAUCUUCAAAAUGAACACUAAGAACUGGAUGUAAACAUAUCUGCACUUUAACUUUGUGAUCUAUUUACAUAUUUUUCUAAGUUCUCAUAAUAAAAUUUCUUUGUUUGAAACUGCA